AUGGCCGCCGAUGCGAUCUCCCGUCGAGAUGAAGACGAGGUCUGCCCCGUCUGCAAAUCCUCGCGAUACCUCAACCCGGACAUGCGAUUCCUGAUCAACCCAGAAUGCUACCACAAGAUGUGUGAGUCGUGCGUGGACCGGAUCUUCUCAUCAGGACCAUCCAACUGCCCAGUCGCCGGCUGCCGCAAAACCCUGCGCAAGAACAAAUUCCGCAAACAAACCUUCGAAGACAUCAAUGUAGAGCGCGAAGUCGACAUCCGCCGGCGCGUGAUGCACAUUCUCAACCGUCGGGAAGAAGAAUUUGACUCGAAACGCGCGUACGACGACUUCCUCGAGCAAAGAGAAGAGAUAAUCGCCAACCUAGUAAGCCGCAUCGACGUGCAGAAAACCGAAGCCCAGCUCCAAGAAUACGCGACAGAGAACAUGGCCUCGAUCCGGGCAAACGAAACCCUCGAAAAAGAAGAAGCCACCUCCUUCCACCAGCGCAUCUCCCUCGAACAGGAAGAAGCGCGCCAGCGCCGCCAGGCAGCCCGUGACGAGUACGAGUCCGAGCGCCGUGAGCAUCAAGCUGAGCGCGAGGAUUUCCUCACAAGACUUGCCGCCGGCUCGAGCACAGAUGCCGCUGCCAUCGCGCGCGAAGGCCACAAGGUGCAUUUGAAGAAAUCGUCAGCGCGCCGCAGUGAGGAGGAUCGCAUUCGGCAGAAGCAGGCUGCGCUGCGCUCGGAUACAAAGCGGACGACUCUUUCUUCGGUUGCUGAGGGUGGCAGUGGGCUUGUCAAAGGAUUGCGCAAAAUUAAGACGCCGGAGCCGGAGAAGCCUUAUGAUCCGUUUAUGGGGUAUCUGCCCGAGAAGAGGGAUUAUUAUUCUCUGCAGGAUUAUUAUCCGUCGCAGUAUCUUGAUCCUGUUCGUAAGAAUGCGGAGAUUCUUGCUGGUGGGUAUGACUUAAGGGAGUAUUACGAGCGCACUUUACUUGAGGCCUUUGCAGGGUUGAGCUGUUUUGUUGGAGAAGAGAUUGAGAAGCGGGAUGCCGCUAGGGUUUCGAUCCCGGUUGCUACAGAGGCUGCGGCUAUUGCUGCGACUCUUGGGAGUGCUAGUGAAGGCCCUGUCUAA